GGGAUGGCAUGGCUACAGGAACAAUUGGGGGUCAUGAGCAUGUCUGCUCACCCACCUGCGGUGUUAGAGAAGAGGCCGAGGAGAAGGGCACGACUGUCCCAACGACUCAGCCCAGGAGCAGCACCAGCAGUGAGGAGGUGCCUGAGUCCGUAGUCGCGUGGAGAGGAAGUUGCGGCCCAGGCCGAUGGACAGGCUGCAGGGGUGAGAGCGCGCUGGUCGGGCGCUGGUCGGGCGCCGGUCAGGCACGGAGGCCUACCGCAAUGAGGGCGCCCCGCCUCAUGUCUGCAGGCGGAAGGCCACAUUGAGAGGCUGGAUCCGGACCGGCAGAGGAGGCGGCCAGGCAGCACGGCAGUGAUGAAUCCGACAGGCAGCGCCAGGUCAAGGAAUGUUUCACCUACAGUCUCGAGGAGGGACCAGGCCGACAGGAGUAGGCGGCACUGGCGGUGAGUCACGAAUUGCACCACACACUGGGACUUUACUGGGUUGCUUAAAAUCGUUCAUAGAGUCAUGGGCAGGAGAGGAGGGGUAAUUUCUACGGUUCGGGAAGGGUAUGGUCACCAGAGGGCGGGAGAGAUAAGGAGCAGGGGGCUGUGGUGACAGUGGCGCGCAGGUUGAGUGUGGGCGAAGGGGUGACGGUAGCCGAGAAGGCGGACGGGUUGGGACAGCAGGCAGCAAGGUGUGGUGAGAUAGCGGAUGUGGCGCGGCAAAACGUGCUUGUGUCUUUCGCGGGGCCAUUGGGGUGUCACUUGAAAGCUGAGGUAAAAGAUAAAAUUGGGAGAGGGGAAUUCAUCAAAAUUCCUCGACUUAAAGGAGGAGGAUAAGAAAGAUGCCAAAAAAGAGGAGGAGGAGAAAAAGCGGCGAUACCGAAGACUUUUGGGAACUGGCUCAGGGCCUUUUGUAUUUUGGCGAGCAUAGUCGGGAAAAAGUCCCCAGAAUGAUGCUCACAGCUCUUUUCUUAUUUAGACUGGAUAGGGGACGCCUACAGGACUUAUGGGGACUUGGCAUGGUGGCGGUACAACAAACAGUUUCGCCAGCGGUUGGCUGCGUAUCCUAGCAUGAGGUGGGACCAGAUGGACCUAUCUUUAUGGAUGAAACUAAUGAUGGCGCAGAAAAACGCGCCCUUUCAGGGGACGGCCGGUGUGGCCACAGGAGGCACCGUGUCGGCCGGACAGAAAAAGGGGUUCUGCUGGCUCUUCAAUGAGGGGCAAUGCAAGUGGGGGGCUUCGUGUAGAUUUAAACAUGAAUGUUCCGGAUGCGGGGGCAAUCAUGGAGUCAAAAGGUGCUUUAAGAAAGGAAAAUCUAACCUUGGGGGUACAGCAGGGUCAACAGCUAUGGCGGUUGCAACUGGGAGCGUCGCCGGUGAGGGUCGGCGCGAUGCUGCCUUGGCUAAGGCAGUACGUUAACCAGGAAGACACAAGAUUCUUAUGGCAAGGGUUUACGGAGGGUUUUGUUAUCCCAUUCAGGGUCAAGGGUCCGAGAACCAUGUGCGCAAACCUUAAUGAAGGAGAAAUUAAUGAAAGAAGUCCGUUUCUGUCCCCGCCUUUAGACGAUUUGUGGGUGUCUCCGCUGAGGGUGGUCCCAAAAAAGGAGGUGGGCAAACUUUGCUUGAUACAUCACUUAUCGCAUCCGCAAGGGACUUCGGUAAAUGAUGAUAUCGACGCAGCCCUGUGUUCCGUAUCCUAUGCAUUAUUCGACCAUGCAAUCAAGUUGGUUCGGAGAGCUGGACACGGGCAUUGAUCGCGAAGGUGGAUGUGGAAGCAGCAUUUCGGCUGCUCCUCAUACAUCCGGAAUGUCACCACCUACUGGGGUGUUUCUUCGAAGGGGGUUUCUUCGUGGCCUUGUGUCUACCAAUGGGCUGUUCCAUCUCGUGUUCCUAUUUUGAAAAGUUUAGCACUUUUUUGGAAUGGGUGGUGCAGCGGGAGUCGGCCAGGGGCAAUCGUGCAUUACCUCAACGAUUUUUUGAGCGGUGUGGCCAGAUAUUGAAGGUAUUUCAACGGGUGGCGCACUCUUUUGGGGUUCCCCUGGAAGAGGGUAAAACGGUUGGCCCCACCUCAUGCCUCAGUUUCCUCGGUUUGGAGAUUCACUCGGUGGAAGGCGAAUGCAGAUUACCCGCGGAUAAACUACAUAAGCUUUGUCAGCUAGUGGACACAGUGAGGUGUGCAAGAAAGGUGAACUUACGGGGGCUAGAGUCCCUAUUGGGGAGUCUAAAUUUUGCAUGUCGAGUGAUCCCUAUGGGCAGGGUCUUUUGUAGGCAGCUGGCUCAGGCGACGAGUGGGGUACGGCUGCCAAAUCAUUAUGUUAAUGUUUCGGCAGAUAUGAGAGCGGAUCUGGAGGUAUGGGAAAAGUUUCUAAGGGAAUUUAACGGUAAAGUGUUUUUUCGGGAGCCAGGGGUAUCCUCCAAGGCCAUAGGCCUGUUCACGGACGCUUCGGGGAGCGUGGGGUUCGGGGCUUAUUUGGCGGGACAAUGAUGCGCCGAAGAGUGGCCUGCGGAGUGGAAGGCCAGCUCACUGAUAAGGAAUCGAGCGUUCCUGGAAUUUUUCCCGGUGGUAGUAGCGGUGGCGUUAUGGGGUAAACAGCUCGCAAGCAAAAAAGUGGUCUUUUAUUCAGAUAAUAUGGCAUUGGUCCAGGCUAUCAACGGUUUGUCGGCAUCAUCGCCUGUACUGGUACGGUUAUUAAGGCAUUUGGUACUUCUCUGUAUGUCUAGCAAUCGGGCAAGGCACGUACCGGGUUUCUUGAAUAUAGUGGCUGACGCGCUGUCUCGUUUACAGUGGGAAUGUUUUCGGGAAGCAGCUCCAGAGGCACAGGAGGAGGGAGUGGCCUGUCCAGAAGAAAUGUGGCAGCUCGGGACAUCAUGCUUGGGGAGUUCAUAAGGAGUUCCCUGGCGCCGGGCACUUGGGUGGCAUACGAAAAGGUUUGGCACGAGUGGGAAGAGACAGUGGCACAAGUGGGAGGGGACCUUUCAGCAGGGCAUAGGCUAGACAUAUUGUUAUGUGUACUUGUCGACUAUUCGCUAGAAAGGCUUCUCCAGCUAUGGUGGACAGGCACAUGUCGGCGUUGGCUUUCUUAUUCAAGUUUAACGGAUGGGAGGAUAUAACGAAACCUGGUGAGGCAAGCCAUAAGAGGUUUUCGGAAGGGUAAAAAAUCAGUGGAUACGAGGAGGCCGGUGUCAUUUGCGGUGCUGCAAGGGCUAGAGGAGGCUCUACCGACCUUAUGUUACUUGAGGUGGUGUUAGUUUCCAGGGCGGUUGUUUGGACAUUCUUCGGGGCAUUAUUUCGAAUUGGGGAGCUUAUCAGCGUCAACAAAGCGGGGGUUGGUGGACUGCGGUGGGUAGACGUGGCAGUCGGUGAGCAUAUGGUGCUGAUUGGGCCGCUCGAAAACAGACGUUUUCGGUAAUGGAUGCUCAGUAACAUUGUUUGAAUUUCCAGGGUCUAAGGUUUGCCUGGUGGCUUGCGGUGCCGAUUUCUUGGAAGUUCGCCCCAAGAGGGAAGGCUGUUUCUUCAUUCAUGCUGAUUUCAGUUCGUUAGGAUAUUUUGCUCGGGGUUAUUUAAAUUGGGCCUGGACCCCAUGCAGUUCGGGACACAUUCUUUUAGAAUUGGGGCAGCAACCGAGGUGGCACGUCUAGGUCUGGGAGAUGAGCGGAUCAAGCAGAUAGGGAGGUGGGAAUCCAUUCGGUUCCGCUUGUACAUUAGACCUGACAGGUUGGUGUAACGGGGGGCUGGGGCGUUUACUGUUAGGGUUGCCCUGCUGUUCACUGUUUUAUCUAUUUUAGGUCGGUUGGUAUGGCUGAUUGGACAUUCAUACGUGUAUUGGGCACAGAAGAGGCUGCAGUGAGAAAAAACAGAAGGCAACUGAGCUUUCCUAUGGAGACGGUGGUUCUAUUUUGGUUGGGAUUCAGGGGUUUCAGUAGGAUCAGUAAGAAAUUGUUUCAAAGGAUUAAAAGGUGGUCAUUCCCAAACGUAAUAUUGGUACACAGUGGGGAGAACGACCUAGACUUUUAACCCCUCAGCGAGAACUGUUGAGGAGGAUGAAAAUGGAUUUGGGUCGGCUGUGGGAACUGGUUCCUGGCGUGGUAGUAGUUUGGUCGGAAAUGGUGCCUCGUUUUACUUGGAGACACGCCAGAGAUCUGGCUGCUGUGGCGUGAUGUAGGGGCAAGGUCAAUAAGACCAUUGCGUUUUUUGUUAGAAGGAUAGGUGGCGUGGUAGUGUGGCACCGGGAGUUGGAGGGCAUGCUGCCCAGGUAUUUUAGGAAGGAUGGGGUGCAUUUGUCAGACGUGGGUUCUGAUUUGCUUAAUUUGGGUUUCCAGGACGGUAUUACCCAGGGCCUGUUUCUGUGUGAUGGGGGUCGCACAUGAGCUUAAGGGGGUCAAGUCAUGUGCUGUGGCGGAAUAGGGCUUGGGUUAAAGAGGAUUUAGGUGGAAUAGGAAGUGGGCAGGUCUAGGCUGGAGUAUGCUGGAGUGGAAAAGUGGUUGGUAGGUUCAAGCUCGUUGGUGGCUAUGAACCUGGGGGUGUAGGGGUGUCUGGGUACACCCCUACAGUUAAACAUAUGGUUAUGGGGCCUCUUUGGUAGGCCAUGUGUAAAACGUUAUGCAUUAUUGGAAUGUUAAUUAUUGUUAUUUGGUAGGGUCAUUGUCAGGGGUAUUGGGCAGGAAGGUCAGACGUAAUUAAUACUUGUGACAAUGACCCUAAAUUGUUAAAUUGUUAAAUUAUAUAAUGAUUAAUAAAGCUGUGGACUUUAUACUCCAACAGAAAAUUGGUGUCCAAGUGUCGGUUUAGCACAUGCCGAAUAACGACUGUCAACAUGUCAUGUUCUUUAAUGGAUGAAUCAUAUUAGAUGUUGAAUUACAGAUCUGUUUUAUUUUGUUGUUUUUUUACUCCACUCUCUGGAAUAAGGAAGCAUUUUUCGUUUGGCAAGUUUCUGGCAUAGCUCUCUGUUCUUCACACACAAUUGCCAGGUUGGACUGCUUUUAAUUUUUUUCUUUUGUUUUGCAUCUUUAUUUAACCCCAUAAGAACCAAUAAUAGUUCAUGUCUUAAUCAUAUUCUUGUUUCUAAAAACCCCAUGCCUGCAUCAGUGUGCCAUGCAGCAUUUGCAGUUCAGUAUGGCCAUGAAAUAGUUAAAUGAGUUCAUUUUGAGAUAAAAUCUGUAAAAGGUGAUUUGCUAUGACUGAAUUAUUCUGCCAUUGGUCCUUAAGAAAUUAACCCAGAACACACUGCACCUAUGCCCUCUAUGUUUUGCAUUAUCAAAUAGUCCAAUUAAUAAAUAUCAUAUUCAUAAAGUUUCCAGGAGAGGGCACUAACACAUUAUGACAUUAAAACAUGCUCUGUCAUUUUUCUUGUCCUAUCACGCUGUGAUUAGCAUGAUGUUGGCAUUAAAGGUGUUACUGUUUCUUUCUUGCAAUCAUCUGGCUAAUUUUUAACUUUGCUUAGGGCAGUGCUUGACUUAAAUAUUCCACUUCACGGCUUCAAUUUUGGAAGAGGUCAAACUAUGUUACAGAGGUUAAACACAAAUCUAUUUCCUUAUUUAUUGUUUUUUUUCUAUUCUUCCUGUGCCAGUCUCCGCCCACGGCUUAUACCUUCUGAAAAGGCAGCAUGAACAAGGCACGGCAAGUGUGCACAGAAAGCUGGAAUUGCUGCCUUUACCUCCACAGAGGUCAGUCUGGCAGUGAAUAAAAUGUGUGUGUAUAAAUAUUAUAAAUUGCAAUACUGUUAUUUUAAAAAGGCAGAUCAUAUUAUCAAAUGCCAUACUGUAAAAAGUGACAUCAUUCCGUGUAUUACUAGUCAGAGAGGCCCUCACCCUGGAUUACCUGUAGAUAUUGUUACUUGGGAAUCCUGCACACAUUGUGGCUGAAUAUAAAUGCUUGCUGAGGUCCUGUAAAGCUACAGUAAAGUUAGGGUUACUUACUCUGGCAAUUAGGGUUAGAGUUUUGUGCUACGGCACAAAUAAACCAAGAGUAAUCAGCAGUUUUAUGAAUUAAUAUAGGAACUCCCCUGGCAGUUAAAACGACGAGGAUGGUUUCCUGAUUCACUGAGUUUAAGAUCUUCCAUACGGAAUCAUUAGUUUAUCAUCCUACUGGGAGAUCGCCAUGUCCACCAUGUUUGAUUCCGUAUCCAGUAAAGGAGGAGACUAUAUUUAAAAGAAGAAAAACUACCACAACAAGAGGACAUAGUCUUAAAUUAGAGGGACAAAGGUUUAAAAAUAAUAUCAGGAAGUAUUACUUUACUGAGAGGUAGUGGAUGCAUGGAAUAGCCUUCCAGCUGAAGUGGUAGAGGUUAACACAGUAAAGGAGUUUAAGCAUGCGUGGGAUAGGCAUAAGGCUAUCCUAACUAUAAGAUAAGGCUAGGGACUAAUGAAAGUAUUUAGAAAAUUGGGCAGACUAGAUGGGCCGAAUGGUUCUUAUCUGCCGUCACAUUCUAUGUUUCUAUGUUGAUUUUUGCAUGCGCCAAUUUCAUCUGCACAAGUAGGGGAGACUGUCAUCACUGACAAUCUCCUGGGGUGCCAUUGGAAAAAUAUGGGACAAAUUUUUUUUUUUGUAUUGCUAGAUAUUGGACAUAGAUAGAGUUAAAUUAACACUCCAAAUGUAAAAAACAAAAUAUCUAAUAACCCUUAACCCUAAAUAUAAUUUUAACCCUAAAUGUUAUAAAUCUCACAAUUGUGUUUCAAUCUCUAGAACUGGCACUAAUUUUAUGCCUAACCCUUACACUAAAUGUCCUAGAUCUGAGUGUCACAUUUCCAGCUCUGUCAGAGUAACCAUGACUUUAAUUACCUUGCAGGACAUUGGCGAGCAGCCUUUUUCAGCCAUUGUGGUGUACAGUUUACUCAGAGAUCAUAUUUUAUUUAUAAAAUAGUUUACCAGGAAGGAUACAUUGAAAUUUAUCUUGUUUUCAAGUAUGUCCUGGGUCCACAAACACUGCAUUGUUAUAAUAGGGUACAAUAUAGCGUUACAAACAAAAACCCCACUAUAUAUACACUGAACAAAAUUUUAAACGCAACACUUUUGUUUUUGCCCCCAUUUUUCAUGAGCUGAACUCAAAGAUCUAAGACUUUUUCUAUGUACAUAAAAGGCCCUUUUUCUCUCAAAUAUUGUUCACAAAUCUGUCUAAAUCUGUGUUAGUGAGCACUUCUCCUUUGCCGAGAUAAUCCAUCCACCUCACAGGUGUGCCAUAUCAAGAUGCUGAUUAGACAGCAUAAUUAUUGCAAAGGUGCAAAAUCUACAGUUUUACUGUAUUUGGGCUAUCCGGGGGGUCAAAAAACCAGUCAGUAUCUGGUGUGACCACCAUUUGCCUCAUGCAGUGCAACACAUCUAAUUUGCAUAGAGUUGAUUAGGUUGUUGAUUGUGGCCUGUGGAAUGUUGGUCCACUCCUCUUCAAUGGCUGUGCGAAGUUGCUAGAUAUUGGCAGGACCUGGAACACACUGUCGUAUAAGCAAAUCCAGAGCAUCCCAAACAUGCUCAAUGGGUGACAUCUCAAGUGAGUAUGCUGGCCAUGCAUCAGCUUCCAGGAAUUGUGUACAGAUCCUUGCAACAUGGGGCCGUGCAUAAUCAUGCUGCAACAAGAGGUGAUGGUAGUGGAUGAAUGGCACAACAAUGGGCCUCAGGAUCUAGUCACAGUAUCUCUAUGCAUUCAAAAUGCCAUCAAUAAAAUGCACCUGUGUUCGUUGUCCAUUAAAUACGCCUGCUCAUACCAUAACCCCACUGCCACCAUGGGCCACUCGAUUCACAACGUUGACAUCAGCAAACCGCUCACCCACACGACACCAUACACGCUGUCUGCCAUCUGCCCUGUACAGUGAAAACCGGGAUUCAUCUGUGAAGAGAACACCUCUCCAAAGUGCCAGUCGCCAUUGAAUGUGAGCAUUUGCCCACUCAAGUCUAUUACAACAACUAAUUGCAGUCAGGUUGAGACCCUGCAUGCAAGCAUGCAGAUGAGCUUUCCUGAGAUGGUUUCUGACAGUUUGUGCAAAAAUUCUUUGGUUAUGCAAACCGAUUGUUGCAGCAGCUGUCCAGGUGGCUGGUCUCAGACAAUCUUGGAGUGAAGAUGCUGGAUGUGGAGGUCCUGGGCUGGUGUGGUUACACGUGGUCUGCGGUUGUGUGGCCGGUUGGAUGUACUGCCAAAUUCUCUGAAACGCCUUUAAAGACGGCUCAUGGUAGAGAAAUGACAUUCAAUUCACAGGGUACCAGCUCUGGUGGACGUUCCUGCAGUCAGCAUGUCAAUUGCACGCUCCCUUAAAACUUGCGACAUCUGUGGCAUUGUGCUGUGUGAUAAAACUCCACAUUUUAGAGUGGCCUUUUAUUGUGGUCAGCCUAAGGCACACCUUUGCAAUAGUCAUGCUGUCUAAUCUGCAUCUUGAUAUGCCACACCAGUGAGGUGGAUGGAUUAUCUCGGCAAAGGAGAAGUGCUCACUAACACAGAUUUAGACAGAUUUGUGAACAAUAUUUGAGAGAAAUAGGCCUUUUGUGUACAUAGAAAAAGUCUUAGAUCUUUGAGUUCAGCUCAUGAAAAAUGGGAGCAGAAACAAAAGUGUUGCAUUUAUAAUUUUGUUCAGUGUGUAUAUAUAUAUAUAUAUAUAUAUGCGCACACACAAAUACAAAUGUAAUAAUUUAACACAAAACAGGUAAGAACUAUAGUCAGCCACGAUUACAGGUGCAUUCUGUAUGUAUUGAGGUAUGUUGCUAUGUAUCUCUUAAAGGAUUUUAGAGUGAUCUCUACAGGGAGCUCUCUUCAGCAAGACACAAGCUGAAUGUGCAAUAGGGAGUGAAACACUCAAUUUACAUAUCACUAGUGGGAGAGGAAGAGAUUUAACAAUGGUAGCUGUGAAUUACAGCUGCAAAUAAAAUUAUGCAUAAAGACAUCGUUAAUAGAUUAAUAAAUGACUCAGAUCCAUUAUGUUAACCUUAUAAUGUUUGCAGAAACCAUCAAUGGCUUUAUUUCUCCUAACGCCUGGUUCAUAGUUAUGCACCACUUUGAAGGCUACAAACAUCAUCAUUACUUAUAAAGUGCUCAUGAGAUAUACAAGUUACUUAAACUUAACAAAGUUGAACUUACAGUAACGAGCAGUAGUCAUUGCUCAGCAUAAAUUAAUUUAUAAUCUGCAUAUACAUUAUAUGUAGGCACACACACACACACACACACACAUAUAUAUAUUAUCAACAGAUAUAUCUCACUAUUUGUAAGUUGAAUGAGGGGGAAACAAAGUCAUACUCUUCAUGCAGUCAUUCUGUAUUAAAAAGUAAAAUAUUUUUGCUGAGGUUAAUGAUUGAUUUUACUGUGGGGGAAUGUAGGGAGAGCACCACACUGUUUUUGCGUUUUUUUCCUCUCCUUUUUUUUUUUUGUAUUAUUGCCACUUUGUGAAAUAUUGUGAAUAAGUAAAUAUGGUAAUGUAAUUUUGCAUGAGACUGAGUUCACUGUCCCUUUAAAAAUUCUCCUGCAGGUUGAAUCUCUGACGUCACCUUCCACUAAGGGGCUGAGAGGAGAGACACACAGAGAGAGAGAAAGAGAGAGAGAAAGAGAGAGGGGAGGAGGGAUAAUAGCAUCUGCUGAGCAGCUAUGGAAGAGGAGAGGAACCGUGGGCACAGCAGUAAGCACCGGGAAAAGAAUGUGAAUACCCAGCACAGACAGGUAAUCAGAAAUUAAUCACAAUCAAGUGGCUUUGAGAUUAAAUACUACAAUAAUUAUUUUAUUUGGCUAAUUGCAUGCAAGCAUGUUUUAUGACCGGUGUAGACACAAGCACCAAAUAGAAGCUAAGUCUCUAUGUCAUUGACAUUUCACAGAGGUCUAACAUGCAAACACCUCUGUAUUUUUGAGUUGGGUAAAUUACUCCUGAUGGUUGUAAUAGCUGCCAAAAAGAGCCAUUAAAUGCCACAAGCAGCAUUAAAUACCACACGAGCUGUGCCAAAGAUAAAGCUCAUUUGUCAGCACAGGGUCAAAUUGUGUCUUUCAGGCGCACGCAUUAAUCCUUUUUCUACAAAUAAAAUACACUCUGGAUAUUGAAAGCACACCUUUACACAUUGAGUGUAUUGAGCAAAACAUUACUACAUACAAAAUCCACAAUUACACUUGCGCACAUUUUCCUAAAUGUACGUGAAGAUCCAUACAUGAUUUAGUGUUUUGUGGAUACAAGAAGGAAAAAAAUCAUGUAUGGAUCCUUGUAUAAAUUGUGAGAAAGUAUCACUGCUUUAGAAUCGACACAUCUGGGUUAAAUAAACAAUUACUAGUGUGUGUGACAAAAUUAGCAGCAGACAAAAAGAAAAACCCUAAUAUCUGCAAAACCCUAGACAGGGGAAUUUUAAAUAAUCUGCCGUUUGUUUAAGAAUUUUAGAAGCAAUACAUCUAGAAGCAAUGUCAAUUGCUGUAUACGUGGAAGCUAAUGAAAACAACUUUAUAAUUGUACAAUUUAAAAAAAUUUUUACAUCCGAGUAUCAGUGUUGGAAAAUGUCUACUUUUUUUGUGUUUUUAAAGUGAGAUGUGCUGUUAAAAUUUAUGAAUUAUUUUUCAGCUAUUUUCAUACAAGACAAAACUGGGAGACUAAUUUUGUUUUGUUAAAAUAACUGAGUCUUAACGAAAAGUGUUGGGAAACUUUUGCUUAUCUUGCAAUCUAUAACAGGCACAGAUCAUUUCAUUUUGAACACAUUAUACCCCAAAACAGUGACCAAAACCCGCAAUACCUUGGGUUACUCUCUUGGCUAAUACACCUGCUGUACAGGUUUGGGUUAAGUGUCAAAAUAUUGUUGGGCCCAUUGAUCUAUGUGAUGUUGAUGAAAUUGAUAGCUAUUAUUUGGCUUACUGUGCAAUAAGGGAAAAUGGACUGUAAAAGCACAAGAGAUUUAUUAUUACGACCAUAGUAACAUUUGCAUUACAGAAUAUGACUAAAACAUACUUUGUUGAUUUAUUGGUUUUUUUUGUGUUUUUUUGUUUUUGUUUUUUUUAUACGGCACACACACUCCAACUUAACCACUUAAUUAUUCAUAAACACUACUUGAUCUGUAGUGUACACAACUACACAAAAACAAGCAAGGGAUGACUCUCCUAAAGUAAUCUUAAACAUGUGCUACUCUUACAGUUUAAAAUACUUACCCAUACUAUUCUCCCUAAUACAAAUGCUCUUGGUGUCCUCAACCAUGUACUGAUUCCUGCAAAAUUGUAGGAGAUUUAGGAAUGUGACAUGACAGUGCAGUUCAUACAUAGCCAAUAUUUCUAAUUAUGCAUAAAACAAAUUAGGAGACAAAAAGGACCAGGUUUAUAACUGCAAAAUAGAGAUUAAAAUAAUAUUAUAAUGAAUAUUGUCUUGUACAUUACAAAAAUACAUUUGCUUGCAGAUUUGCAAAUGAAAACACACUGACACACACAAUGACUCUUGCUUACAGCAUAUGCACUUAUAACAAAUGCCAACAGAUGCUGACAGAUAUUAAAACAUAAACUGUUUUCUGCGCCAAGGACACACUUUCCCUUUUGCUGAAUGUGCACUCAAUGCAGACACCAAAUCACACACUGAUAUCACCUUGUCAUAGUUAAAGUGAAAUCUAGUAUACUGCCAUUGGUACAGCCAAACUGUAAUACAGACUUCCCUAUACUAAAAUUGUUUUAUGUUCAUCUUGCCGAUUACACUUUGAUGCCAUACCAAACACGCACAUAACAUCUAUGCACAGUUAUUGAUUCGCAGUUUACUUAUCGCACAUACUUCUUUUACAAAUAGAACUCUCCCUAAUUUCUAUUUUACUGUACAUUUCUCCUGUUCUGGUUUCACAUUCUUCUAAUCUUCAAACUUACAGUGUGCUUCUUUCAUCUCUCUGUUGUACUGUUUCUAGAUAGCCUUAUUGUGUCUGUUGUCUGGUUUUAAUUGUUAUUUCAACUUUACUCUUAUCCUUAUUUACUCUGUCCUUUUUUUGUCUCUGCCCUUCUUUGCUAUUUAGCACCUCUCUUCAGAUUCCUCUUUCUCUUUUUGUCUCCUCUGCUACCCACAUCUUUCGUCCCUUCCCCCUCUGCUGGUGUCACCAUCGAAUUCGUCUCUGAUAAAUGCACAGAAAGUUUAUUUUUAGAGCUAUUGUGAUUGAGAUAAAGAGAGUAACACACGCUGUAGUUAUUUUCCCCAUAUUGUGUCAAGGAUAUGGUGAUAUCAGUGGUAGAAAGAGGAUCCAGGCACUCCAAGUAUCUUCAAAUGAAUUUAUUGGGAUAAGUGAGACACGGCAACGUUUGGACCUCUAAAAGGGUCUUUGCCGAGCUACAUCACACCAGACACAUCAAUGAUUUAUAGGCAAAAACAUUGUGAAGUGUAAAACAAAGGAUAUGGUGAUGGCAUUAUAUUAUCUGUGCCCAUACUAGAAGCAUAAAAUACUUGUAUGUAAAAUGCUAUGUAUAUAUGAAAUAUGUACAAGUGGAAAGGUCAUGUGACUAACAUCAAGUGACACCAAACUAUAGUUUCCACUUGAGGUAGAUAAAGAAUGAGCUCACACUACUUAUUCUAUGCGAUAGACAAACUGUGUUUGAAAUACUCUGUCUUCACUUUUUCUCUUCAGAUGGAUCCUAAUGUGUUUGGUGUGGAGCAAUAUGUAUUUGUAGCACCGCCUUCUCCUGAACCACCUCCCAGACCUACUUAUUUGACCUCUCCUCGGUUCAGCCCUGCAGGCUCAGGUCGAUCGCAACCUGAGGGAUCAAGUGGGUCACAAACUCCACUCCCAGGAGUACAACUGUCUGUUCGCCCUCUUUCUCCUGUUGGUGCAUCUGCACCUAAUCGUUCCCAGCCAGAGGGAUCUCAGAGAAUCCACCCAGUGGGAUCACCAGUCAAUCCCAGAGUAGAAUGUGGCAGAUCCCAGCCUGAGGGUUCCUGUCUUGGCCUUCUGUCCCCCACUCAACAGUACCGACCACUGCCUCCUCCACCACCAUCUCCACAUCGCUCUCCUGCUCCUAGCCCCUGUGGGCAACCGGAACGUAGGAAAUCACACACUACGUUAACUUUCACAGGGUCCCAGGAGCCACGUCAAAGGUCUAAUUCAACUCAACAUAGAUUAGAGGCAACAGAAAGGUCAAUUUCCAGUGAGCUACCAAUAGGUAGUGAACAAGAAAAAAUUAGUGAGGAUUUCAGGUAUGAUAUUUACUUAAAUAAUACAGUGUAAAGAAAUCUUAAAUAUUUUAGUAAAGGUGGGGCCUUUAAUGUGCAUGCUUGUAUUGCAGUAUAUAAUUAUGCAGAUUGAUUUCAUAGUAGUCCUGUGUGUCUUUAAACUCAUUGAAGAACAUUCAAAUAUUGCACACCCAGAAAUGGACAUAGCUAUACUGUUUUGAAUAGUAUCACACAAGGUAUUUGUAUAAAAUGAAUCAAGAAUGUGUAGUGCAUAGUUUCCACUUGUCCUAGUUGGGACAGUCCAUUCCUUACAGCAACAACUGCACCUACACAUUACUUGUUUCUCAGUGACACAGACAGGAAUGGAUCAGGUUCACAUUGUAUGUGUGUUACCAUGUGAUACGGAUAGAGUCGAAGAGUGAAGUCCCUACCAGUAUUACAACUAAGUGUAAUGCCUGAAUAAUAGCUACCCCCAAAGAGACUGAGUACACCUCCCUACCUACCCAAGUGUACCACAAACAAAACACACCCUGAAUUAUGGGUGAUCUGUGUUCACUAUAAUAUUUCUUUAUUGCCAAUUAAUGGAGAUGGGAUUGGCUUUUAGCUUCUGCAGUUUAGCAGAAGCCAGAAGCAUGUCAACCGACAGUAUAGAAGCCUCGGAGCCCAGUGGGAACCAAGGUAAGGGGGCCAACCCUACAGUGUAGUGGUUAUGAUGCUUGGAGCAACCGUGAACAUUUACCAUGUAUUUAAAAAAAAUAAUUAUACAGUUUGUAAAACAUCAAUACCUUUAACGCAUUCAACGUGGAUAUUGAUGAACAAAGUGUAAUAUAAAGAAAUAGGGUAUCACCUGGAGACCUCGCCAAUGAAUAUGACCAGAAUAUGCUCUUAUUUUAAUUGUGUUUUUUCAUGCAGUCUACUUCAUCAAAUUAUAAAGAACACUUUAUUUUUGUAAAACUUGGCUCAGUAAAGUAAUACAUUUAAGUUCAAAAUAGCAAAAGUGGAAAAGAAAUCUCAAAUUAAAGGAUCACUAUAGUGUCAGGAAAAGAAACCCGUUUUCCUGACACUAUGUCAUCCUUGGGGGACCCUCACCCUCAGGGUCCCCCUACCAUGGCGCUGAAGGGGUUAAAACCCCUUCAGCAGCUUACCUUAAUCCUGCGCCGGUCUCCCUCGGCGCUGGUGACCUCUCCUCCCUCGCCGAUGUCAGCUCCUGAGUGGAGUGGAAUGUGCAUGCACGGCAAGAGCCGUGCGCGCAUUCUAACAGUCCAUUGGAAAGCAUUUCUCAAUGCUUUCCUAUGGACGUUCUGCACACUGGAUGUGAAUUUCGUAUCCAGCGUCGCAGAAGCGCCUCUAGCGACUGUCAGGAAGACAGCCACUAGAGGUUGGAUUAACCCUGCUAUGUACAUGUGAAGGGUUAAAACCUGAGGGACCUGGCAACCAGACCACUUUAUUGAGCUGAAGAGGUCUGGGUGACUAUAGUGUCCCUUUAAGCUAUGCUUUUAGUUCAGCUAUUGUGGCUUCAAAUUUGAAAUGCUCACUUUGGUAAAUAACCCUGUAUGUUUUGCAAGGAUAACUCUUUUUCUCUAUAUGUAUUUUUCAUUAUUUACUCCAUAUAUUUUCUUUUGCAUUUUUCUCCAACUGCCUUUGCCUUCUCUUUGUUUCUCAUUAAACUGCCAUUAAAGGAUCACUCUAGGUCAGAGCUGGACAAAUGGCAAAGCAUCAUGGAAGUUGCAGUUCUACAACAUCUGGGGAUCUACCAUUUGACCAACUCUAGGUGUUACACAAUCUGACAAUCCAAUGCUCUUUUAGCAGCAUUAGCUGCAUUCACAGUCAUCGUGCUGUGUGUGAUUUGUGAAUUUGUGGCAAAAUGUCAACAGUGAUACUUCAAAACCACAUUCUUUUUACAUUGUCAGUGAUAAGCAACAACUUCUACGUACCAAAACCAUCACGUAAAGAUAGAGUGGAUUUGAUGCUUAGUGAGUCCCUUUAAUGAAAGCAUAAAUGCAGCGUGAAUACGAAUACAAAAAGAUAAGUCAUGCGCUCACUCCCAUCACAACUGGGCCGGCAGUAAUGACUACAGUACACAUCAGCCCCAAUAUAUAGUAAAAACCAAAGAAAAGAAAACGUUACCUGCGCUCUCUCCUUAAUCCCCAUGUAUAUUCAGACAAACGGAGGUCACUCAGUUGCUCCAAUGGAGGGAAUGCCCGCCUGCCAACGUCAAGGCAGACCCCCCUAAAGCGGGUCCUACACUGACCCCUCAGCCCGCCUCCCUGAGCCUCCGGCAAAGAUAUCUCUAAUGAGACAGAGAGGGGUAUUUUUUAUAUACACCCCUAUAUACUUAUUACCCCUUAAUAGGUGAGCACAAGACUUAUCUUUUUGUAUUUGUAUUUACUUUGUAUCACACAGCCUUGUUACAAUGCUGCCGCCCAUCCCAUGUGUUCCCUAUUAAGGGUUAAUAAGUAUAUAGGGGUGUAUAUAAAAAAUACCCCUCUCUGUCUCAUUAGAGAUAUCUUUGCCGGAGGCUCAGGGAGGCGGGCUGAGGGGUCAGUGUAGGACCCGCUUUAGGGGGGUCUGCCUUGAUAAAUGCAGCGUACUUUACUUUAUUCCAAUACUUUAAAACAGAGCAGUACAUUUAAAAACCUGCAUUACAGAACAAUCUGAGCCUCAUCUAUGCUUUUAAUAGUGUGUGAAUCAAAAAACGGUCAGAUUGUAUCGAUUAUAAAUCCAAGCUUCUCAAAUGUUCCUGAAUGUUGUUUUAUACUGAACGUACGGACCCCAAGGUCUAUAGUUGUUCUGGGAAAUAAAUAAUGGGAUAUAAUUAUACGCAUUUAUUCAUAAUAAGAGCUUUGGAUAAAUCUAAAUGUGCUCAUCUCUAUUAUUGAACUCUUUGUUUCAUACUUAGGAAUAAUAUACAGCAAUUAUAGAGGGUUCAGUGUGUGCGCACAAAAGCUCAUAAAUGUGGACCUUUUCAAAAUUCAACAUAGUUUUACCGAAGCUAUCUCCUCAUCUGCUUAACGUGUGCAUCUCUAAAACAAUGGGUUGUCUACUCCAAGACACAUCCAGGUUUUACAUCACUGCCAACUCUUCAUCAACUUGAAAGGUACCGAACCCAAAUCCUGUUGGCCUCUCCAACUGUGCCAGUCCUGGAACGCAAGAGCACAAGCCAGUGA